GUUGGAACAAGUUGAAACUACCAAGAAAACGACUUAUCAACCCAGAACAUAUGACAGGAACAGGAAUCAACAAAGUCCCAGAAAUCCACCGACCUGUUAUCGAUAGUCAACAGUCGACCUACAAUGCAAAUUUAGCGACUAUUAGUAAUAACCCUUUUGGACAAAAUAAUGUUGCCACAACACAAGUGCCCGAAGCAAAUAAUGCCCGACUAAUUAAUACUGACACCCUUCUUUCGCAGAUUCAGACGCUUGCUAACGUUAUCCAGGCAUCCACCAACACUGAAAAUAACACUCACGGUACAUCGAACUCAACACUCUUGGUGACACAUGAAUACUUGGUCGGAAAAUGUAAACGAACUAAGAUAGAACCCCGGAAGACGAUGUAA